AUGGGCCAAAGUCGGUGCCUGAAGUGGACUUACAGCUCUGAGUUCCCUCAGUCACGAGUGGUAACACGUACCUGCGCUUAUUCAAUUUCAAUAGUACAUGGAUUACGAAAUCAAUUAGAAUCGACACGGCUGAACGUACAGGGGUUCAUUCCUUUUGAGACAGUCUCAGAAUGGGCCAAAGUCGGGUUGAUUCCUUUUGAGACAGUCUCAGAAUGGGCCAAAGUCGGGUUGAUUCCUUUUGAGACAGUCUCAGAAUGGGCCAAAGUAGGGUUGAUUCCUUUUGAGACAGUCGCAGAUUGGGCCAAAGUAGGGUUGAUUCCUUUUGAGACAGUCUCAGAAUGGGCCAAAAUCGACACGGCUGAACGUACAGGGUUCAUUCCUUUUGAGACAGUCUCAGAAUGGGCCAAAGUCGGUGCUGAAGUGGACUGA